AAGAUUAAACCGUAAUUUUAUAGUUCAAGGUAUUCGAAAUUUUCAGUUGAGAAUGCAAAAACGACGGUGCGGAAAAAGGGGGGCGAAAAAAAAUCGAGGAACUGACGUGACUCGGGACUUCAAUUGCCUUCAUUGUUGCUCUCGAUUUUUCCGUGCAUUAUCCAAACGUCAACUAUGCGCGUGGACAACCCUGAUAAUUUAGACUUUGAAGCCUACAUUAACAAUUACAGAGGACGUACUCGUAUCGAUAGAGCUCUCUUCAUUGCUCAACAUUGCCCAAGCCUAGCCAUUGACGCCUAUCAAUCAGCACUUCACGAUAUACAAAAUCUCACGCGCGAUGUCAAGCAGUACAGAACAUCCCUCGGCAAACUCAAUGCAUUGCUGGAAGAACAACAGCAAGAACCCAUCACUGAAGACCAGCAAUGGAUCGCACAAAUUGAAAACGAGAACAAACCGUUGUUGGAACAACUGGAAGCUGAACUCAAGCACCAUAAAAGCAACCUCUCCAAAGAAAACAUCAGACUGACACACGUCAAGUUGGGCGACUAUUACUACAAUAUUGGCGAUUAUGCAAACGCUCUGAAAAACUAUGUCCGCACACGCGAUUAUUGUACCACCAGUCAACAUUUGCUCGAUAUGUGCCUCAACGCCAUCAAAGUGAAUAUUACGGAUGGACACUUCUCCCAUGUACAAACAUAUGUCGCGCGUGCUGAAGCGACGCCGAACCUCCCGGAUAAAGCGAUUAAUCUGGCCAAGCUGAAAUGCUGUCAGGGUCUAGUCACUUUGACGGGGACCGAUCCGAACAAAUACAGGUUGGUGGCCAACGCAUUAACUGAUAUCACCUUUGAGGCUGCCGAUGCUUUCAACGAUGUGAUGUCGCCCAAUGAUAUUCCAAUCUACGGUGGACUGUGUGCCUUGGCCUCCUAUAAUCGUCGUGAAUUGCAUGCGUUAUUCCAAAAGAACCCUUCUUUCAAAAGCUAUCUUGAAUUGGAACCACACAUUCGAAACAUGAUGGAAGCAUUUUACGAUGCUAAAUACAAUGUGUGUCUCCGAUUAUUGGCCGAUUAUCGAAAUGAUUUACUUUUGGAUAUGUACCUGCACCCGCUCGUCGAUACCUUAAUCCAGCAGAUCCGAGAAAGAGCCAUGAUCCAGUAUUGCUUACCUUAUUCCACCGUCGAUAUGCACCAAAUGGCCACGGCUUUCCACAUUAACGUCUCGCAAUUGGAAAAAGAACUGGUGACCCUAAUAAGUCACGGCGACAAGAUACCCGCUCGCAUCGAUACGCAUAAAAAGAUCCUAUGCGCGAAGCGAAAGGAACAAAGGACACAAGCGUUCGAUCAGUCACUGCAAAUCGGCACAGAAUACGAAAAAGCAGCCAAAGGAUUAAUGCUGCGGCUUCACUUGCUCAAAGCCGACAUGAUUGUCAAAUAGUUUGAAUUUGUAUGAUAUCAACAAGACAAGAGUUUUAAAAACCCCACUUGUUCAAGUAUGGUUGGAUGAAAUAAAAACUCUAUUGCGGUUUUCUUUAUUGCUCGAAUGCCAAUGUCAAAGCACGAAGUGAAAGCUUGACCAUUUACUCAUGUCGCUAAUGAGCCCAAGUCAAUGGAGGCAGUUGGCUAUGCUUAGCUGCACACGGCUUACCAAGACUAUAAACAGCAGUUUCAUAAUACAAAAUACGCAAGCGUGAUACAUACAAGCUCAUUUUGGCAGUAUUUAUGUUGUUUUUACAACUCACUACGACUCAGGUGAUGGCCUGCAUGUGGAUGUCGAC